UCUAUCUUUAGUCUAUAAAAAAUAACGAUGCUAUGCGGUUCGCGGCGAUUUGUGCAGAGAUUAAAGUAAUAGUCAUAGUUAUGUCGAAAUCAGCGUCAGUGAUCUCCGUGCAGAGCGAUCGGAACAUCGAAAUGUGGAAGAUGCAGGAGAACACGUUGUCGAUGUUCGCGGCGGAAGUCGUCGGCACAUGUAUCCUCCUGCUCUGCGGUUGUAUGGGGAACGUCGGCAGCUUGGGAUCCACACCACCUCCGCCGCUGCAAACGGCACUCACCUUCGGUCUGACGGUGAAUCUCGUAAUUAUGACGAUAGGUCACAUAAGUGGCGCUCAUCUCAAUCCGGCUGUUACCAUCGGUGCCGUCAUAAUGGGCCUGAAGUCAAUUCCGACCGGUGUGAUCUACAUCUUGGGACAACUUGUCGGCGCCAUCAUAGGAUACGGACUUUUAAAAGUGGUAACGCCGACGGAAUUGUUCAACGACGGAAACCCGAACUCGACUGUCGGCGUUUGCGUUACGGUUGUUCAUCCGGGGCUUAGCUGCGUGCAAGGUUUAUUAGUCGAGGUGUUUUGCACGUUCUGCUUACUUUGCGCGGCUUGCGCCACGUGGGAUCUUCGAUGCGCUCACAUUACGGACUCGGUGGCCCUCAAAUUCGGCUUCUCAGUCGCCACCCUUUCCUUCGCGGCGGGCCCUUAUACCGGCUGCAGUAUGAAUCCAGCGCGGUCAUUUGCGCCUGCAUUUUGGAAUAGUUCUUGGAAGGAUCAUUGGAUUUAUUGGGUUGGUCCUAUUUUGGGAGGUUUACUUGGAACCUUUGCCUAUCAAGUGCUGUUUGCCGAAAGUCACCUAAGCAGGAAAAAAUCCAGUUCAAAUGAUAAAAAUUCGUUUAACUUGUCAACACAGUCGAAUAAUAUAAUCAUGUAAUAAAAAUAACAGGCUUAAUAAUUUGUUAUAUAUAAUUCAUGAACGAAGCUAUAGUAUAAUAUUAAAAUUUUUAAUAAUAUUUUACAUGACAAAUAAUAAUUACAUAAUUAUUUAUUACGUAUCAUGCUUACUUUCUUUAUCGUCUAUUGGUCAUGCUUUCUUCAGAGUAACUGCAAGUUUUACUAGAUGGCAGAUGUAACGAUAAUCCUAAUAGGCUACUACAAUGAUACUUUUUUCAAUUAUUUUAUAUUCAUCUAAGUAAAAAAUCGUUGAAUCAUUCAAUCUAGUAUGCUAUAAUUGGUUUUCGUUCUUUUAAUAUUUCUAAUAUUUCGAAAAAUAACUUAUCUAUUAGUUUUAAUUACUUGGAGAGAUUAUUAAUAGUCUAUGAAUUCUCUUUUUUAUAACAAAGAAAGGCUUAUUAUUGUAUAAAUAAAUUAUAUUUACAAUAAUUGCGCUUAAUAUCGAUAUUGCAAUGCUUGAAUCGGCUGUAGACAAAGAAGAUCUGCGCCACAUAAGUUGCGCAAUGUUCUUGCGCUAUUAUAUUUAUCAGAUAACAAAAAAUUGAUCAAUAAAUUUUUAAUUAAA